AGUUUCAUUUCACUGCUGGUGUACCACUACAUUCAUGCAUGUGACAAAUACGAAUAUGCCUCAUGAAUCUUGAAAUGUCCUUUGUAAAUAGCCUUCUGCAUGUGGAUCGAUGUGUCUGCGUAUGAUUAAACACGUUUAAGAGCAUCAACUAGAGCUCUAUUUCCUAAGAGUCUAACUUGCAGGCGGUGCUCCUUUCCUGUUGGGGUGUAGAUCUCGUUUCGAGCCACAAAGCAGAUCAGUCAACUGCUACCCUCGCGCUUUGAUCGGAGGAAGGUCUACAGGAAGCUACAGAACUUAAUGCUCAAAGGAAAUGCAUCGAUGUCUGUAUCAUCAUCUCCUCUUUUGGAUUUUGGUGCUGGUUGUGAUGCAAUGGGGCCUCUGCAAGGAAGAAUGUAUUAAGACAGCCAUCAAGUCCUGCAGCGACUGCAUCCAAUCCGGCCGCUUCUGUGCCUGGUGCAAACAGCUGAACUACACCAAGCAGGGUGAUGUGGACUCUGUGCGAUGCGACACACGAACGGAGUUGGAGAAGAAAGGCUGUGAGGAGACGAACAUCAUCUAUCCAAAGAGCACUGCCCAUAAUACGAAGAACAGACCACUGAGCAUAGAGAGCGGUUCGGAGAAAUUCCAGAUCCAACCUCAGGGAGUCAAACUCAUACUUAGACCAGGUAUGCCACACACUUUCUCAGUCAAGUUCAAACGUGCGGAAGACUACCCAGUGGAUCUGUACUACUUGAUGGACCUUUCCUAUUCUAUGAAUGACGAUCUACAAAACGUGAAGAAACUUGGAAAGUCUUUGCUGGAAGUUUUGCAGCAGACGACCACCAAAGCACGUAUAGGUUUUGGGUCAUUUAUCGACAAGACCGUUCUGCCAUUCACAAACACCCACCCAGAAAAACUGCAAAAGCCAUGUCCAGAUGAAGAGAAGAAUUGCCGGCCUGCGUUUGGAUACCAACAUGUGUUGAGCCUGACGGACAAUGUGGAUACCUUUACCGAAACGGUGUCCAUCCAGAACAUCUCGGGGAAUCUGGACAGGCCAGAAGGAUCUCUCGAUGCCAUCAUGCAAGUGGCAGUCUGUGGGGACAAAAUUGGCUGGGGGAACAGCACUCGGCUGCUUGUAGUGGCUACAGACGAUGGAUUUCACAUGGCAGGUGAUGGGAAACUGGGCAGCAUUUUUGAACCGAACGACGGCCAGUGCCACCUGGAUGAAGACCUGUUGAACAGCAAAAACAAUGAAAUGGACUAUCCUUCUGUAGGGCAGGUGGCCACAAAGUUAGCAGACAACAACAUCCAGACCAUCUUUGCUGUGACUGAGAGAGUGGAAUAUGUGUAUAAGGCCCUGACAGAGCUCAUUCCCAAGUCUGAAGUUGGCGCUCUAUCGAACGACUCUAGCAACAUUGUGACACUGAUCAAAGAGGCGUAUGAGAAACUGUCGUCAAAUGUGAUCUUGAGCCAUGAGGAGCUUCCAGAUGGUGUUACUGUCACCUAUUCAUCACACUGUAAAGGUGGAGACAUUACCGGCACAACAGGGAGGUGUAACAAUGUCAAGCAUGGAGAGGAGGUCAUUUUCAACGUGACAGUGACAGCGACACGGUGCAUGGAGGAGCAAAUGUUUCGCAUCAGAGCCCUGGGCUUCAUAGACACAGUGACAGCGAAUGUAUUGACACGCUGCGAGUGUGAUUGUGAUGACAGCGCUCAUCACAGUAACCAUAGUCACUGCAAUAAUAGGGGCAAAGUCGUCUGCGGCACUUGCAGCUGCCAGGAAGGAUUUGCGGGACAGACCUGCCAGUGCGAGCUGAAGGAGUCGAGCCUGGAGCGGCAGAACGAGGCCUGCCGGUUGAAUAACGGCACAGAAUGCUCCGGCCAGGGGGAGUGCGUGUGCGGCCUCUGUGAGUGCCACGCCAGCAAGGAGGGCAUCCAAUUCUACGGGACCUACUGCCAGUGCAGCAACACCAGCUGCGAGUCCCACGGCAACAAAAUAUGCGCAGGGAAUGGGAAGUGUGACUGCGGCAAGUGCAUAUGCAACGCCGGGUAUGGGGGGUCGGCGUGCCAGUGUAAGAUGUCCCUGGAAGAGUGCAUGACGAACAAGAGCACCGAGGUGAUGUGCAGUAAACGGGGAGAAUGCGAGUGCGGCGUCUGCAGGUGCAAGGAGGGCUACGAGCUGCCGUACUGCGAGGAAUGCACUGCCUGCAGCUCCCCCUGCUCCAAAUAUGCGAGCUGUAUUGAGUGUAAGGGUUUUGAAGCUGGCCCGUUACAAAAAAACUGCAAUGGGGUUUGCACACAUCUCAACAAUGUUAUGAUGGUGGACAGUCUCAGAAGCAAAAAGCCCUGCAGAGAGAAGGACUCACAGAACUGCUGGAUGACCUACGUGAUGAAAGAGAUGGAUGGCUUUGACAGAUAUGAAGUUCAGAUUCUGAAGCAGAGAGAAUGCCCACCUCCACCAAACAUAGGGGCCAUAAUUGGAGGGGCAUUUACUGGAGUAGCCCUGAUUGGACUAUUCAUCCUGCUCGUUGUCAAAGCGGUCAUUUGGUAUCAAGACUUGGUGGAGUACAAAAAGCAUGAGGAAGAGCGUUUAAAGGCGAAGUGGUCCACCCAGGAAAACGUUCUAUUCAAAGCAGCAACAAGCACAGUCCAAAAUCCCUUUUACACCGGAGACUGAUGGACCAGUGGAACCCUUCUCCAGCACUGAACAUACCUCCGAUAAUGUAUAACAUAACAUAAGAAUCGUUACUGUCACUACAUAGAUCAGCGGGGGAGCAGGACAGCAGUAUCAAUUUUAAAUAUGGGGGAACGUGGGGGCGCAGGACAGUCUUGCAGCAGUUAUGGGGGAAAAGCUGUUUUUGAUCCAAUACGAUAUGAAACCAUUUCUAGUGAUUACGGGCCUUGUGGCUUCUGCAGUGCUGUGUGUUACCGUCUUGGAUGGUUCACAACUUCUGUGCUUCUCCUCAUCCAUUAUUUCAGGAUUUUCCUCAGCCGUUUCUUUACUUUAAACUGUAUUAUACCAAUCCUGUUAAAUUAUAUAUGUUUCUUUGGCAGCUCUUCUUAUCCUGAUGUUAUAUGUUUAUACUGUGUAAAAAAAAUUUGGAAAUUAUAUGAUAUAUGUAAAAAGAUAAAUGAAGCGAGGGCAUGUACAUGCUUAUGUUUUUAAAAACAUUAAAAAAAAAUUUUUGUUUUAUUUCCAUCCAUCCUGCUUAAACGUAAAUACAAAAGUGGUUUCGUUUGUGUGUAACUGUCGCCUCACUGCUGCAGGGUCAAAGAUUUGAAUCCCGUGUCUGUGUGUGCGUGUGUGAUGUGUGUGUGUCUGUGUGUCUGUGUGUGCGUGUGUGAUGUGUGUGAUGUGAUGUGUGUGUGAUGUGUGUGUUUGUGUGCGUGUGUGUUUUCAUAUUCUUCCCAUAUAGUGCAGGUUCCCCUCCCAUUUUUGGUGUAUGAGGUUGAAAAUCGAUGGAUGUUUGUUUACUAAACAAAAGAUUACAUUAUGAUUUCUGUAAAAAUGAUACGAAGCCUUAAUUUGCAAUUUGCACAAGUACAGGUACUUUGGAAUUCUUAUUUUUCACAUAUAGUCAGGAAUGGACAUAAUUGAUACGCAAGUUCGCAUUCACCUUUAAGAACGAUACGUGCGACAAUCGAUUGUGGUAACUGUAAAUGCUAUGAAAACAAAAUAAUGCAUUUUAAUCUUUAUAUGCUAACUCCACUUCAUUUGCAGUAUACAUGUUAAAAUGCAAGCUAUUUUCUUGUCAUAACAGCAAAAUUAUUGUAAUACAGAAAAGUACAAAUAAAACUUUCUAUGGGUAAGUGUCCAA